AUGGAAUCGGCGCCACCAUCGUACGAACAUGCCACACUGACGGAUUACUGGAAUAUAAUUGCUGGAUAUGUCCCGUCGAACGACUUGUGCUCGGCAGCUUUGGUCUGCAGUCGCUGGCAUGCUACCUUCAUCCCGCAUCUUUGGGGCAACCCGGCUUCACAUUUCAGCCAAGAAAACGAUCGUGUCUAUGUCGCCUUAACAAAGUUUAAGCGCACCUUGCAGACCGCUCGGCUCCUCGUUCGAUCCUUAACUCAUACCCUGCAUCUACCACCAGCGCAUGCAGAGAUCUACAAUGGACCGCAUUCAGACUGGCUUCGCGAUAUCCUCGAACGUUUGCCUAAUCUGCAAUCACUUAUCGUCCGAGGCCUUCCAUUUUUCGAUCACGCAGCUUUGCAAUCGCUGAGAUAUGUCACACCGAAGCAGAAUGAGUACAGGCCGCCGUCACAUGUCAUCGAGCUCCCUGGCUCAAAUGGAUCUGCAUUCGAGACAGCUGGGCCUCUCCCCGCUUCAUUCGGUCUACGAUUAUUAGACGCCUCGAGAUGCCCGAAUGUCACUGCCUCUGGACUCACACAGGCACUUGGCCGCUUCGAAACGCUCAUGUACUUGGACCUCUCGUUCACCUACCCAGCUCGCGAGGCAACUGUGCUUCAUGCUAUGCAGAGGCUCUCGGGUCUGCAGGUCCUCAAACUUCGUAGCAUAAGUCUCACCGACACUGCUUUGGUAACACUUGCACGCGCGAUCGGACUGCGCAUCCGCAGCCUCGACAUACGGGACAAUCGUAUCACUGAUCGUGGUGUGCGGACGCUAUUGGACCAUAAUUUCUUGCCGUCCGAUGGGACCUCGCCUGGGACACGUUCACCAGCGCUUCUACCGUACCUUGGUGGCGAUAUGCUGGGAAUAUACCAGGGGGAGGAAUUCGAAGGCUACCUGCGUACGACUUUCACUAAAGCAUUCGUGAGCAGGCUAGCUAUUGAGGAUGUCCCUCAAGGAGGCAUUACCCAUUUGUAUAUCUCAGGUAACCAAGUCAGUGUCGAGGGAGCAUCGGGACUGAUCCGGUCUGGUAGAAUGCACGUACUCGAUCUUGGCUCCGUGAGAAGUGCGUUCGAGCAGCAUCCGUCCUUGGCCAAUUCCGAUGGUACGAUGGCAGAGAUCGAGCUCCCGGGCGUGGAGAAACUCACGGGCGUGCUUUCGAAGACUGCAGCAGAAGCGCUGACGUUUUUGCGCAUCGACCAUGGCCUAAUCACACGCGAUGUGCCUCUGAGUAAGCCUGAUGAGGUUGUUCGUGGCCGUGUGGAGCUUGGGGAUACCGCAUUGCCACUAAUGCCGACGAAUGCUUUGGAGCUCGACGCAACAGCUUUCCAUCCCGACGUCUUCGAGUUACCCACCGAGCAGACUCCAAGGUUCGAGCUCCCAGGAGAUCCGAUGCAAUUCGUGGUUUCACCGGCCAUCAACGACGCACCGCGUUCGCCAGAAGAUGACGAGCCGCCCAAUGGGCGUAGAGGAAGCGCUUUUGCACCCGAGCUACUUGACACACUCCAGCCACAUAACGACGAUUCGCUGCUCAGCCCGAUAUCCGCUUUGGACGACUCCACAGGCACUAUGAUGUCUCAUUUCACUCUAGCGUCACCCGUAGACACAUUCUCUACACCUCAAAGCCCCAUUCAGGCGACAACUAGGCCACGUAGCUAUUCUUCACUAGGCAUCGAGAGGAAGGCAAGACUGACAGCACAUCUCAGUGGCUGUCAUAAUCUACACCCAGCCAUGCUACCGCACCUCAGCACGCUCAUGCUUACGAAUGUGCCACCAAUGACUAUGAGCAACGAAAGCGCGAACCGAUUGAUCAGCUUCAUCAAGCAAAGUGGUGAAGAGGAGAGGCUGGCCACGGCACAGGCAAGGCUCGACUAUGCUCUGCCGCCAGGACGAAGGGGGCAUGCUUCCGCAAUCAGACACUCUGCGAACAAGAAUUUUGCCCUGAAACGAAUGGUCCUGGAGCUUGGUGAGAAUGAGCGACCCCGCAAGAACAGCAAAGCAAGUCCAUGGCAGCAUAUCGCUACCAAAUCAGUGACAGAUGAUCGCGAUAGCGAGGCUCUCUGGUCAGCCGCCGAGACCGAUUUCAGCUUCUUUGGUGAAGGUGACGAAGCAGAUUUCCCAAGUCUUGAACCAGGUCGCUACGCGCAUAGUGCGGGCAUGAGCGAGAAAGAAGUCAGCUUCGGUGGCAAUGCUAGGAGGCCGAGCAACAAUGUGCAGCAGCCACCAGUACCAAGUCCCACUUUCGACACGGUGGGAAUCCUGUCUACAUUUCGAAGAGAGCGCAAGCUGGCACACGAGCGAGCGCUAGCGGCAGGUUCUGAUGAUCCAGAAACAGAAGGAUACUGGCCAGGUCUUGUGCAAGUGGUGCGUACCAGCAACGGCGUGCGAGCAGACGAGGAGUUGGACUACUAUGGCAAUACAUACUCGGGUGGCUACCUGUAUAGAUGA